AUGGCUUCGAGGAAUUUGGAGAAGAUGGCUUCAAUUGAUGCGCAGCUGAGGCUGUUGGCACCGGGCAAGGUGUCUGAGGAUGACAAACUCAUCGAGUAUGAUGCUUUGUUGUUGGAUCGCUUUCUUGACAUUCUUCAGGAUUUACAUGGGGAGGAUCUCAGAGAAACGGUUCAAGAUUGUUAUGAGCUAUCCGCGGAAUAUGAAGGAAAGCAGGACCCUAAAAAGUUGGAGGAACUUGGAAAUGUGUUUACAAGUUUGGAUCCUGGUGACUCCAUUGUUGUGGCCAAGUCCUUUUCCCACAUGCUUAACUUGGCCAAUUUGGCUGAAGAAGUCCAGAUCGCCUAUCGGAGAAGGAUAAAGUUGAAGAAGGGAGAUUUUGUUGAUGAAGCAAAUGCUACAACGGAGUCAGACAUUGAAGAGACAUUCAAGAAGCUUGUUGGGCAACUGAAGAAGUCCCCACAAGAAGUUUUUGAUGAAUUGAAGAACCAGACUAUAGAUUUGGUUCUAACCGCACAUCCUACUCAGUCUGUUCGCAGAUCUCUGCUGCAAAAGCAUGCAAGGGUAAGAAAUUGUCUGACACAGUUGUAUGCCAAGGAUAUUACACCUGAUGAUAAACAAGAACUCGAUGAGGCUCUACAAAGGGAGAUUCAAGCUGCAUUUCGCACUGAUGAAAUCCGAAGGACUCCUCCAACCCCUCAAGAUGAGAUGAGGGCAGGAAUGAGCUACUUCCAUGAGACAAUUUGGAAAGGUGUGCCAAAAUUCUUACGACGAGUUGACACUGCGUUGAAGAACAUUGGGAUAAAUGAACGUGUUCCGUACAAUGCCCCUCUCAUUCAAUUUUCUUCUUGGAUGGGUGGGGAUCGUGAUGGAAAUCCCAGGGUCACUCCAGAAGUUACAAGGGAUGUAUGCUUAUUGGCUAGAAUGAUGGCUGCUAACUUGUAUUUCUCCCAGAUAGAGGAUCUUAUGUUUGAGUUAUCUAUGUGGCGUUGCAACGAAGAGCUUCUUGCUCGUGCUCAUGAACUUCAUAGGUCUUCAAGGAAGGAUGCAAAACACUACAUAGAGUUUUGGAAACAAAUUCCUCCGAACGAGCCAUAUCGUGUUAUUCUUGGUGGUGUGAGAGACAAGCUCUACAAUACACGUGAACGUGCUCGUCAACUAUUAUCCAGUCUAACCUCUGACAUUCCUGAGGAUACAACUUUUACUAGUGUUGAACAGUUCCUGGAGCCUCUUGAACUGUGUUACCGGUCACUCUGUUCCUGUGGUGACAAGGCAAUUGCUGAUGGGAGCCUUCUUGAUUUCUUACGGCAAGUUUCUACUUUCGGCCUUUCUCUUGUGAGACUAGACAUACGGCAAGAAUCAGACAGGCACACUGAUGUCAUUGAUACUAUCACAAAGCACCUGGGCCUUGGGUCUUAUCGAGAAUGGCCUGAGAAACAAAGGCAAGAAUGGUUGUUGUCUGAGCUCAGUGGAAAGCGCCCUCUUUUUGGCGCUGAUAUUCCCAAAACCGAAGAAGUUUCUGAUGUAUUGGAGACAUUCAAAGUAAUAUCAGAACUUCCCUCAGACAACUUUGGUGCCUAUAUCAUAUCAAUGGCAACAGCCCCAUCCGAUGUACUUGCUGUUGAGCUUUUACAACGUGAAUGCCAUGUGAAAAAGCCACUAAGGGUUGUACCGUUGUUUGAGAAGCUUGCUGAUUUAGAGGCUGCUCCUGCUGCUGUUGCUCGCCUCUUUUCUAUAGAUUGGUACAAAAACCGGAUCAAUGGGAAGCAAGAAGUCAUGAUAGGGUAUUCAGAUUCAGGAAAGGAUGCUGGCCGUCUAUCUGCAGCAUGGCAGCUAUACAAGGCUCAAGAAGAGCUCGUAAAGGUUGCAAAACAAUAUGGAGUUAAGCUAACCAUGUUUCAUGGCCGAGGUGGAACAGUUGGAAGAGGAGGGGGACCCACUCAUCUUGCUAUAUUGUCUCAGCCACCUGAGACAAUUCAUGGUUCGCUCCGUGUGACCGUUCAAGGAGAAGUUAUCGAACAAUCAUUUGGAGAGGAGCACUUGUGUUUUAGAACACUCCAGCGUUUCACAGCAGCUACACUAGAGCAUGGCAUGAAUCCCCCAGUUUCACCAAAGCCAGAAUGGCGUGCACUCAUGGAUGAGAUGGCAGUUGUUGCUACAGAGGAAUACCGUUCAAUUGUUUUUCAGGAACCUCGUUUUGUUGAAUACUUUCGCCUCGCAACACCAGAGAUGGAGUAUGGUCGGAUGAACAUUGGGAGUCGUCCAUCAAAGCGAAAGCCAAGUGGAGGCAUCGAAUCACUUCGAGCAAUCCCCUGGAUCUUUGCAUGGACCCAGACAAGAUUUCAUUUACCAGUGUGGCUUGGUUUUGGGGCAGCAUUUAAGCAAGCCAUAGAGAAGGAUGCAAAGAAUCUUCAGAUGCUUCGGGAGAUGUAUAAUCAGUGGCCGUUCUUCAGAGUCACCAUUGAUUUGAUUGAGAUGGUGUUUGCCAAGGGAGACCCAGGUAUUGCAGCACUUUAUGACAAGCUUCUGGUGUCAGAAGACCUAUGGUCGUUUGGGGAGCGACUGAGGACCAACUAUGAAGAUACUAAACGCCUCCUACUCCAGGUUGCUGGGCACAAAGCUCUUCUGGAGGGAGAUCCUUACUUGAGGCAGAGACUUGUUCUUCGUGACUCGUAUAUUACAGCACUUAAUGUGUGCCAAGCCUAUACACUGAAGCAGAUCCGUGACCCCAACUACCUUGUUCAAGUAAGGCCGUCAAAGGAACCAGCAAGCAAGCCAGCAGCAGAGCUCGUCAAUCUUAACCCAACAAGCGAAUAUGCUCCAGGUCUAGAGGACACACUUAUUUUGACCAUGAAGGGUAUAGCUGCUGGAAUGCAGAACACUGGUUGAAGCUCCACUCCUUGCAUUUUCUUUGAUAUGUGAGGACAUGUAAAGUCUUGUAUUGGUUGCUCUCUGUUUAUCUAGUGCUUUGAACUUCCAUCUAAUAAAAGCUUUUGUAAUAACUUUAAUGCAAAUGGAUUUUGGGUGCAAAGUGGUUAUCACAUUCCGGGAAACUAUGUGUUCAUUUCUUCCCCCCAAAGGGAGCAAGGUAACCUUGGCUAGACAGAAACACAAGCUGAAGUUUAGAUUUCCUCGAGUGAUGCUGAUUCUAAUUUCCCUUUCUUUAGGGAUUUAUCAUUUGUAGAAUUACACUUAGAUUUUGUAAACAGUUCAAGAUUUUACGCAAACUUGGGGUGUCAGCUUGCAUUG